AUGGCUGCUGUGAAAGACUUUGCCGCGCUCGCAGAGCUUGUCGCAGACGUGCUGGCGUCUGAUGACGACGACUGCGAAAUGUCCGAUCUUCCCUCGGAAGAAGAAGUGGAGGAGCCUUCAGAUGUCUCCGUUGCUGCCGUGGUUGCCGCACUGAUUUCCAGGGAGGACCGGCACCGGGUGCGGCUGUAUGUAGAAAGUGUGGUGAGCAGCUACAGUGACGAAGAGUUCCGAAGGCUCUUCCGUUUGCAAAGGCACACCACUGCGACGAUCACGGCCGAUUUCGAGGCUUCGCCGUUCUACCCUCGCGGUGGCCGCGGAAGAGAGAAGAUAUCAGCAGAAAAGACUAUGCUGAUUGCCCUGACGUACCUGGGUACACAGUGGUCCAUGAACGCCAUAGCCGACAAGUUCGGCGUCAGUGAAUCGACGGUGCACGCCGCGAUUCGCCGCGUUUUGGACUUUCUGCUGUCCAUCAGCGAAAGGGAAAUCCGCUGGCCUGACCGCGAAGAGGCUGCUCGAAACAAGCGCGCGUUUCGCGCGCUUGGUCGUUGUGAUGGAGUCGAGGCUGGCCUGCCAGAUGUCGUCGGUGCCAUUGAUGGCUGCCACGGAGUCACUGAUGCGGACAUGGUCUUCAUGGAUGUCUUCGUGGGCUUCCCAGGCAGAGUGCACGACGCCCGGGUACUGAGGGAGAGCUUCCUCUUCGAAGAGGCAGCGUCGAAGUUUGACGGUGAGCAAAUUACUGAUAUUCACUUAAAUGAGAUCUUAACUUCGGUCAGUUUUUGUGGGUAUCUUUUGGGGGAUGCCGCCUAUCCUCUGCUCCCGUGGCUGCUGCCACCUUACCAACAUGUGACAAGCACCUGGCAGCCAUGGAUGAGCACCUUCAACCGUGUCCACUGCAAACAGCGCGUUGUCGUUGAAAUUGCCUUUGGCCUGCUCAAGGGGCGUUUUCGGCGACUCGAGAAGAUCGACGUGAACAGCAUUCCACAAGCUGUGGAAAUCGUGAUGGCAGCCUGUGUGCUGCAUAACCUUGCACGGAGGCAUGCUGACAUCCUGGACGAUAUGGACACAGCAAACGGCGAUAUCGGUGUCUUCUCCAGCGAGCCAGUUAAAACCGAUGAGCCGUCCGCCAUGGCAGCGACACUGCGGAAUCGUGUGGCACAGAGCAUACCACUGAAUCUGUGA